AUGAGUGAGUUGAAGCCUCCAAAGGUGUUGAAUUCUUUCUCAAACAUUCAGAUUGAUCCGAACAGCACACAAGCGAAUCAGCCUCCUCUUCCUAAACCCCAAGAAGAAAAAGAAGACCCCAAAUCAUCAUUUUCUAAAGGUUCCACCUUUUCUUCCAGAGAGUUGGAUUUACGUUUUUUUGACUCUUCUGAUACUCUGAUAUUUGUUGGUCCAGAUGAAUCUAAGAAAGGGUCUGCAAAGUUGGUAUUACACGGAAUGUGUCUUUCCAAGCGGUGGAAACCUCCCGUCUAUGAUUGCUGCAAUGUUCAUGGACCUUCUAAUAUGAGACUGUUUACAUACAAAGUUGUGGUUGAGAUUAGAGAUUCUUCAGGAACAACAACUCUUUUGGAAUGUUUUGGUGAUCCCAAACGCAAGAAGAAAGCUGCGUCUGAGCAUGCAGCUGAAGGAGCACUCUGGUAUCUUGACCAUGUUAAGGGGAAAUCAGACAAAGCUGCAUCAGUAAAUCAGUUGAAGUAAUUGGAAAUUGUUUAGCAUAGUUUUUCAUACUGAGUGUUGUACAUUUGUUUAUCUGAGUUUUAUGUUUGUUCUCAAAACCUUAUCAGAAUUUACUUUAGAACCUGCUUUGAUGGUUAUAAGUUUCUCUAGCUCUUGUGCUAUUUAAUAAAUUUAUUAGCAAGUAUAA